AUGAAAACACACUUUACCACGGCAACAGCUAGUAUGAAGAGCCAACUAGCAUGGAGAUCAUCUUAUUCCGCUCCAGAGAUAGAUACAUCUAGUCAAGGUCAUGGUUGGAAAGCAGUUGGGCAUACAUAUGAUGAGCAAGUUCGUCUUCGAAAUAUAUCUAGUGUUGUUGCUGCCUGGCCCAAAGCUGCUGAGGACAACGUGCCUACAGUUCCAUGUUUAUCAGCUGACGGUCAUUUACUUGUACUAAGUGCUAGUGCAAGUCGUGUGCGGUAUGGUGUGAGCGUCACUUUCAUAAUGGUCAAUCCAACUGAUAUGCCAUAUGUUUUGCCGAAAAACAAUUCAGCACGGCCACUCUCUCCUCAUGAACUGAGUCUGUGGUGUAUUUUUGAUGAUGGAUCAGUGACACCUGCAUACAGUUACGAUUUGAGAGUUGGUACUGAAUGUGCAUCUCUCGUCGAUUGUCCACUUAGUCCGUUUGGUAGUAGUCAAUUAUGGCGAUACAAUCGAACAUUGCGAGUGUAUCUUGCUUCAACAACAGACAAAAAUCAAAAUGCACCCAUCUUGAAAGCCUUCAUCACUGUUCCAACACCUUCAUUACUUCAAUCAAGUUCUAGUCAACAAUCAUUAACAUUAUGUACUUCACCAUUGCACAAUGGAGCUGAAUAUUUAACUCAAUGGAUAGAAUUCCAUCGAUUGGUUGGUUUUCGAAAGUUCGUCAUUUACAACACAACCGACACUCAUCAACGCUUGUUAUCUGUUAUCAAUACUAUCAAUCGUAAAUAUUCGAAUCUAGUUGAUGUUGUUCAAUGGAAUUUCUCAUCUCUUGCCCUGACCGAUAUGUUGACGAUACGGUACUUUCAGAUGGAAGCUUUGCAUGAUUGUCUGAUUCGCUAUGGUGAUCAAUCAGAAUGGUUAGGUGCGCUCGAUCUUGAUGAGUACAUUGUACCGCUUGUUCCAUACCAAACUGUUUUUGAAUACUUGCACGACAGCUUUCAUCGACGUAUCUUUGGAUCACUCAAUCUGAGAAGUCAUUUCUUCUGCUCGAAAGAGUCUGAUAGGUAUACAUCCGAAGAGAAGAACACUAGUCGGUUAGUUAUCGACCGGUUUGUUAUUCGUGCACGUAAACGUCAUGAAGUGGGACGUGAAAAGUAUCUUUAUCGACCACGCUUUGUCCAAUAUUUAUCUAUUCAUCGUGACGUCAUUGGGGUUAAUACAGAACAGCCCUCGCCAGAUCAUAUAUCAUUAGCUCACUAUGUGUCGAUGAGUCAACCGCGAAACAUGCCAGGCUGCAGCAGUAAUGAACAAUAUGCGAUAGAUACGAGCGUUCGAGACCGAUUUGCGAAAAAAGUCGAGGAUGGAAUAAAAUAUUUGACAAUCUAA